AUGUCUUUUUCGCAUGUUCUCGAUUUUCAUCGAUUUGUGAUCUAUCUAUCUAUCUAUCUAUCUAUCUAUCUAUCUAUCUAUCUAUCUAUCUAUCAGAUUGUCCUGCCUGUCUGUCUAUCUGGCAUUUCUGCCUUUCGGGGGAAAGUUUUCUUUUUUCUUGGAAAGGGUUGGGAUGGAGAAGAGAGGGCCCUAGUAGGUCAUUUUUCUUGGCAGGGGUCGGAGAAGAGAGAAAAUGAAACCCUAGUAGUGGGGGCUCUUAGCUUUAUCUGGCUGCUGGUUCCUUUCUAUUCUUACUGGCGAAGUAGUUACAGACCAAGACUUAGCUUCAAACAGGGCCCUCCCCGCCCAGCUUCCUUCUUUUUAAAAGUUUUCUCUUCUUCUUCGCUGCCUCUUUUUAGAGAGGAGGAUCGGGGUGGAGGCACCUACAUAUACAGAUCUGCUCGCGCUGCUGUUUCUGCUCACACUGCUCAUGUUGAAGACGCUGCCUCUGCUUUUUCGUCUGUUGUUGUUGCUGCUGUUGUUUCGCCGCCUUCUUGGGUGAGAUCUCCCGCUGAGGAGUUGCGUAGCCGACUUUUCCCCCCUCCUAACAACUUCCUUACAGUCACCGGAGCUACUGGCGGUCUGGCCAGACUUUUCCCCUUUCAUAGCUCCUUUGAAUGCUGCUGGUUUGUACCCCUGUUUCUGUCUCUGGUGUUGCUGUUUCUGGUGCUGGGUUCCUAUCAGGGUAUAUUUUUGGUAAUUGCCCUGCCGCACUACAGGACCAUCAGUGGAGGCGACGACCAUCAACAAUGA